AUGCCUAUGGAGUUUUUUCUUAAUAUUUAUCAUUGGAAAGAUGAUCCAAUACCAGUUGUAUCCUCAUUAAAAAAACAUGUUCUUAUUUUAUUUGGUAUUUUAAUUGGAAUAUUAUUUAUAUCAACAAUUGUAUUAGCAAUUUUAUUUACUAUUGAAAAAAAUAAAACAAUAGCAAUAAAAACAGUAGAAAAUGAUUUAUGUGUAACUUCACCUUGUAUUAAAGCAGCAAAUUAUUUACUUGAAAGUAUUGAUGAAAGUGUUGAACCAUGUGAAAAUUUUUUUCAAUUUGCUUGUGGAACAUGGUUAAAAAAUAAUCGAAUACCUGAUGACACCGGUGCUCAAGAUACAUUCAACGUGUUACGAACUCAAUUAGACAAUCAUGUUGUCGAUAUUUUAACAUCACCACUAACAAAUGAUACAAUUCAAAUAAAAUCUAUUGCUAAUGCACGUCAAUUAUAUGAUUCAUGUAUUGAUGAAUUAGCUAUUGAAUCUGCUGGUGUAGAUACGGUGUUAUCUGUUAUUGAUGGUGAACUUGGUGGUUGGCCUAUUUUAAAUGGUUUAUCAUGGAAUGAAACACAAUUUAAUCUUUCACGUUUAAUAUUUAAAUUACGCGAAUAUAAUAAUAAUAUUAUUUAUAAUUGUGGUACAGCAACUGAUGAUAAAAAUUCAUCUGCUUAUUACAUACGAAUAGCACAAAGUGAUCUUGGCCUUGAACAACGACAAUAUUAUUUAAAUGAAACAAAACUUACACUUGCUUAUAAACAAUUUAUGUAUGAUUUAGCUAUGUCAUUAACAAAUGAUACAACAAUGGUUGAUAAGGAUGCUCGAGAUAUAUAUGAAUUUGAAAAAAAAAUUGCUUUUUUUCAUUGGACAACUGCUGAACAACGUGCAAGACAAAAUGACAUAAUUCGUACAACAAUUGGUAAUCUAUCACGAAUAUUUAAUACAAGUUUUGAUUUUACAAAUUAUCUUCGUCAAAUUUAUAGUUUAGCUAAUGUUACAUUAUUCGAUAAUGAUAAUGUAUCAGUUAGUGAAUUAGAAUUUUUACGUAAUGCAUCAUUAAUUAUUGAUCAACAUUCACCACGUGUUUUACAAAAUUAUUUUAUCUGGAGAUUUAUGAUGAAUAGAGCAGCUAAUAUGCCAAAACGUUAUCGUGUUAUAAGAGAACAAUUUGAUAGAGUGUAUCGUGGUACUAAUGCUGAACGUCCACGUUCAAUAUCAUGUGGUGCUUAUGUUAAUAAUAAUAUGGGUUUUGCUGUAUCGAAACUUUAUAUUAAGAAAUAUUUUGAUGAAAAUGCUAAAAAUCAGUCAUUGGAAAUGAUUCAUAAUAUUCGAAGUGCAUUUAUUGAAAUGCUCGAAGAAUCUACAUGGAUGGAUGAUGUUUCAAAAAGUAAAGCAAAAGAAAAAGCUUUAGCAAUCGAUGAAAAAAUUGGUUAUCCAGAAUAUUUAAGUAGUGAUAAUAUUACAGAAUUAGAACAAGAUUAUGCUGAAUAUAAUUUUAAUGAAUCGUAUAUUCAUAAUAUUUUUAAAAUGUUAAAAAUAAAAUCUAAAGAAAAUUUUAAAAUACUUCGUGAAACUGUCGAUCGUAAAGCAUGGGGUGCUAGUCCACCAACUGUUGUCAAUGCUUUUUAUACACCAUCGAAAAAUCAAAUUGCUUUUCCAGCUGGUAUUUUUCAAAUGCCUUUUUUUAAUAAAGAUACACCGAAAUAUCUCAAUUAUGGUGGAAUUGGAGCUGUCAUUGGACAUGAAAUAACACAUGGUUUUGAUGAUAAUGGUCGCCAAUAUGAUAAAGAUGGAAAUCGAAUACUUUGGUGGACAUCAGAAACAAUUGAUCGAUUUAAUAAACGUAAAACAUGUAUAGUUGAUCAAUAUAGUCAAUAUAUUCUAGAACAAAUUAAUAUCAGCAUAAAUGGCAAUCAAACUCAAGGUGAAAAUAUUGCAGAUAAUGGUGGAAUUAAAGAAGCAUUUUAUGCCUAUAGAAAAUGGGUUCAAAAAAACGGAAAUUUUGAUAAAAAAUUACCUGGUUUAAUUAAAUAUUCAUCUGAACAAAUGUUUUUUAUUAAUUAUGCACAAGUAUGGUGUUCAAAAAUGACUGAUUCAUAUGCUAUGAAUAGAGUUUUAACUGGUGUUCAUUCACCUGGACAAUUCAGAGUACUUGGUCCAACAUCAAAUUUUGAUGAAUUCGAUCGAGUAUUUGGUUGUAAACCAGGUCAAGGAAAUAGUCGAGUAAAUAAAUGUAUUGUAUGGUAG